AUGUCGCCCACCACUAUGGAUUCCGCCACGCAAACAACAUAUAACGAAACAAAGAGCUUGAAACACGACGACCUAAAAGCCGAAUCGGAUUCCGACAAUCUAGUACCAGAAAAAACAGUAACGGAGCUGCUAUGUGACGACCCAGCAGCUGAGUUCCACAAGAACGUCAAGGAGAGGUCGGCAAACCAUCUGAAUGAUUACAUUUUCUACUAUUCAUUGUGCUUCCUUCUGUGGUAUAUAGGAGCCGGUCUCUCCCUCAUUUUAAUGCCUGAUAAUUCCAAAGUAUAUGGGUCGCGGUGGUAUGAGAACAGAACCAAACUGAUCAACACUUGCGUCUCAUACCUCGCAGCGACAGCCAUAGGAUUCGAAAGCUUUUCCCUGGCCAGUAUGAUGGUGCCUGCGGCGUCUAAAAUAUUGAGCAGGCAAUUCGAUACUGUGGAGAGGCUUCGUGGAAACAUGAAAUUUGAGGCACAGAUCAAAGACAAGGAACAUGCCAUGUACUUCUUCUUGCGACAUGUUGCAGAUCCAAACCUCCCAAACAUAUACAACUUUGACCAGUUGUCACGCGUCAAAAUUUGGGCGUCAAUAGUUGCGGGAAAUCUGUUGAAGGUCUGUUGCUGGCAAACGAUUGGCUACAUUAUUGAAGAAGAUUUCUCCACGUGGGCAGGAGUCAUACUCAUACUCGGAAUAAUUGAGGCUGCUUUCAUGGCAAGAUUGGGUUGGUUCUGGGGCCACGGCAGAAUCGCAAGAACUAUCCGGAAACAAUGCUUGAACAUGUCUACACCAGUCGAUGUUGAAAAAGCUUUCGGGAUCAAGCAUACGCCUACAGACCAUUUGGCAUCUUAUCUCGAGUUUUUGAUGGUGGAUAAGAAGGGAUCUAAAGAAGCUCAGCGGAAAGAGAGAGUGUGCCUGAAGGUUCUUUUGGAGGAGAUCAAGGUUCCUACGUUGGAGGGAACAUCCAAGGAGUAG